CGCUCUGGGCCACAGAGUCUGUUUGUGAAUGACGUAAUGAGCGUAAUGCAAGAUGGCGACAACUUAAACAUAUAUCUCAGUGAACUACUUUAUCGACACCGAAGUCUGCCUCUCUUGGGGUUUCUAGGGUGGUUUGAGGCUUGUUCCGGUUAAUAAUAAACUAGUUAAUUAGAUAAGGGUUUUGUAGGCGUCGCUGAGCGCCACAAAACACCCUUUUCACCCUGCUAUCCUCGGGUGACAGCCGUUAGCGAGGUGCUAACAGACAGAAUGGACAGCGGAGAGUACAUCUCCAACAUGGAGAACAUGGACCCCACGUUAGCGGAAUUAGGGGAUGAAUUUACACUGGGAGACAUCGACGAGAUGCUGCAGUUCGUCAGCAACCAGGUGGGGGAUUUCCCCGAUCUGUUUGAGGAUCAGAUGGCCUCAGCAGGCUCAGGACAGAGUGGGGGGGCCAACACGGCUCCACGACCUGCCGUUCAAACCCCACAAACCCCCCAAACUCCUCCAACUCCACAGACUCCUCAGAUUCAACAGACUCCCUCCUCUGUGGUCUACCAGACCUCCACAGUUGGCCUCGCCCCCUCCCAGACUCUCUCUCCUCAGUAUCUCCCCCUCACCCCUCCCCUCACCCCCGUACAGACCCCCUCCCCCCCCAGCGUCCCCUCUGUGCAGGUACAGGUGACCCGCACGCCCCCUCUCCUCCAGCCAAGGCCUCAGAUGGUUCAGCCCAUCCAGCCUCAGCCCCUACAGACAGCGCAGCCCACCAUCCAGAUGCACACCCAGGGGAUCCAGAUGCAGACGCAGAGCUUCCCGGUGCACACGCUGGUUCAGACCCACAGCCAGACGCCGCUGCCCAUCCAGACCCAAGCUCAAACCGUGAUGAUCGCCUCCAACGGCGGACAGUCGCGCUUCAUCCAGAGCCCCGUCAUCUGCCACCAGAGCCAUAACACUAGUUUCCAAGAAGGGGACAUCCUGGCGAUGAACCGAUGCCAGUCUGGUCUGUAUGGUAGGCAUUACGUCCUCCAACCACAGAUGCAGAGCAUAAUGACAUCACCACAGCUCCAACCAAUGACCAUUCAGCACCAGCGCGUCCUGACCCCCACCUGUCAGACCAUCCAGACGCUCUCCGCUGCGCCCACCACAGUGCACGCCAUGCAGCAGCUACCUGUUCUGAUGCAGCAGCCUCAGAUCCUGAAGACGGACUCUCUGGUUCUGACGACACUGAAACCAGACGGCACGCAGGUUCUGUCGACCAUGCAGAGCCCGGGGAUAACAACCCUGACCACGCCCAUGCAGAACACAGCUCUGCAAGUCCCGACGCUGAUGAGCAGCAACAUCCUGACCACCGUCCCCGUCAUGAUGAGCGGAGACAAGCUGCCAAUCAAACAGCUGCAGCCAGGCUCUGCCCACAGCAACACGGGAGCCAGAACCAUGAUGGAUCAGAGCCAGAUGAUGGGGGGGAUGAUCGGCCCGGGGGGGGUGGUGAAGGAGGGAGAGAGGAGGACGACUCACAACAUCAUCGAGAAGAGGUACCGCUCCUCCAUCAACGACAAGAUCCUGGAGCUCAGGGACCUUGUCAUGGGAAACGAUGCCAAGGUGGGUCUCUUAAAGAUGCACAAAUCAGGAGUGCUGAAGAAGGCCAUCGACUACAUCAGAUACCUGCAGUCGUCCAAUCAGAAGCUGCGGCAGGAGAACAUGGCGCUAAAGAUGGGCAACCAGAAGAACAAAACAGCGAUUCGCUCGGAAGAUGUGGAGAUGAAGGAGGAGAUCGUGAUGAUGUCUCCUCCGGCCUCGGACUCUGGUUCUGGUUCUCCUUCCCAGUUCUCUCCCUACUGUGUGGACUCAGAGCCCGGCAGCCCCCUGCUGGACCACGACCAGUUGAAGAGUGAGCCAGACUCUCCCUCCUCGGUGGGCGUGAUGGACGGCUCUCGUCUCCUCCUCUGCGCUCUCACCUUCUUCUGCCUCUCUCUGAACCCUCUGCCCUCCAUGUUGGGCUCCGAGGCCUCGGGGAGCCCCGGCCUCUCUCCGGGCCACGGGCCGUCCAGAACGCUCGUCUGGUGGUUCCCCAGUCCCACUCAGGACUUUGGAUCCUGGCUGCGCUGCCUGUUGCCGUGGGUGAUGGUGUGGGUGCUGAGUGGGGUGGGGGCGGUGUGGGGGUGUGUGAGGGUGCUCUAUCUGUGGGAGCCCGUCACACCGCUGCACUCGCCCAAAUCUGUGUCCUUCUGGAGGCAUCGCAAACAAGCAGACCUGCAUCUCAAAAGGGGAGAUUACACGGCAGCGAUGGGGAGUUUAGAAACCUGCCUCUCCGUGUUGACUCGAGCCCUUCCCUCUUCCAACCUGGACCUGGUGUGCUCGCUCAGCUGGAACGUGGUCCGCUACGUCCUGCACCGCCCGAUUCCUCUGGGCUGGCUGGUUCGUCAGGUGGGGGGGAAACAUGAGGGCGAGGAGGCGAGGACCAGUGCGAAGGACGCUGCACUGGUUUACCACCAGCUGAGUCAGCUGCAACUCACAGGGAAGCUGCCUCAGCGCAGCAGCCUGUGGGCUCUCUCUGUUUCUCUAAAUGCCGUCAACCUCAGCGAGAGCGCUCAGAGCAAGAUGGCCCCCGCCCAGCUGACCCAGAUCUACGUCACCGCAGCCACCGCUCUGCGCACCAUCCUGGGCCAUCAUCUCUCCUUUCUGCCUGGUUAUCUGUUGAGUUGUGCAGAGAGUGUGGCCAACCAAUCAGAGGGCAAGUCCAUCCCUGACUGCCUGCGCUGGCUCUUCACGCCUCUGGGGAGGCAGUUCUUCCUGAGCUGUGAUUGGUCGGUGAAGUCGGACAGCAGCGACGGCGUGUACACUUCUCAGAGAGACCCAGCCGACCCCAUCGCCCAGCUGCACCGCUGUUUCUGCAGGAAGCUUCUGGAGAGAGCCGUCCACACGCUGAUCCAGCCGCAGAGCAACUCUGAAGCUGGAAAACGCAACAACGGCUCUGGGGAGUUUUCCAGCGCCCUUGAGUUCCUGCAGUUGUUGAACAGCUGCACGGAGGACUCUCCCUCCCCUCCUCCUCCCUUCUCGACUCCUCCCAAUCACACCACCACUCCAGUUGGAGACCCGGUGAGCCGCUGGUGGGCGUUGGUCCUGAAGGCGGCUGUUCAUUGGCUGCAGGGCGACGACGCCUCUGUGAGGUCACUGCUGGCAGAAGCAGAGCGGAUGCCCAGGGCUCUGCAUACUCUGGACCACCCUGUGCCUAAGUCCGUGCUGCUGCUCUGUAAGGCCGUUCAGAUGAGUCUCUCUCCGCUGAAGGGCGAGGGAGCGAUGGCCUGCUUGUCUCACUGCGACAGAGCCAGCAGCUUCCUGCGCUCCAGCAUCUCCGUUCCCCUCGCUCAGACCGGAAACUAUCUCAACAAGGGUGUGGAGCUCCUGAUCUGUGACCUCCUGCUGACCUUGAGGACCAGUGUGUGGCAGCGGGGGGGCAGCAGUAACGGAGAGCCCGGUCUGGCCCCGGGGUCCCAGCUGUCCGGCUUCCAGAAGGACCUCAGCGCGCUCCGAAAGCUCACACAGUGCUACAGGCAGGCACAACACAAGGUGUUCCUCCAUGAGACCACAGUGAGGCUGAUGGCAGGAGCGAGUCCCACGCGGACCCACCAGCUGCUGGAGCACAAACUCCGACGCAGGACCCCCAACUCACUCACAGCCGAGGGAGUCCUGGGAGAGAGAGAGAGGGCUCACGCCAUCCUGCUGGCCUGCCGCCACCUCCCCAUGCCGCUGCUGACUCCACCCGGGCACCGCGCCCGCCUGCUGGCCGAGGCCAAGCGCACCCUGGAGCGGGUGGGAGACCGGCGCACCCUGCAGGACUGCCAGCAGAUCCUGCUGCGCCUCAGCGGAGGCACCACCAUCGCUGCCUCCUGAACACACUCACACUCACACACACACACACACACACACACACACACACACACACACACACACACACACACACACACACACACUGCAAGAACACACACACACAUUAGGCUACUUUCCAUAACAAACAUGCAAUUUGGUAACAGUUACUCAUUCACUAAUCAAGGACUAUUCACUCACACAAACAAACACACACAAACACACACACACACACACUGCAAGAACACACACAUACAUUAGGGCUGCUCAAAAUACAAAUAUGUAAUUUGCGUUCAUGCAUACAAUGUUAAAACCAGGCUACUCUUCCAGAACCACAUGUCAUUCUAUAACUAUCAGUCAUUUCUAUAAAUAAGGACUUUUUUUAUACACACACACACACACACACACACACACACACACACACAUAUAUAUUAGAGUGGUUCACAAUACAUUAAACUCUGUCAUUAGCGUUCAUGCGUACAAAGAUGAAACCAGGCUACUCUUCCAUAAACAUGUUAUUCUACCUAGGAUAUUUCUCUCACACACUUUUACUGUCACUGCAUCCACAUCCCAGCUUCAACACUUAUGCUCCACACAGUCUCAUUUUGAUGCUUCGUUUUACAGUAACGCUGCCACCUUCUGGACAUUAACGGCACCACGCUGGCUCAUUUCUAACGAGGCUGAGGGGUAAUCAGGUUAAACUGGCCCCGAGGUAAAAAAGGGACCAUUAUUUAAUCGCUGUUUUUUUUUUUUUUAAAUGAAUGCAAUGUAGCGGUGGUGCAUUGAUUAGCUGUAGGAUCCCACGCCGUACAAUCAUUAUUGGCACCAUGUGAGUGCUACAGUAAUGUCUCAUUCAACUUGCAAGCUUCAUUUAACAGCGGAGGAGGAGUGAAGGUGUGUAGAUCGCUUGCUUUCAAACAAUACAGUGCUGAGUAGUGUCUCUUCCUAUCUACCUCAUACAAUGCCAGCACUGUAAAGUGGAGUAGGAUUCCAGGUAUGAAUUAAGUUACUAUUUGAUGCUUCAAUCCAAUGCAGCUGCAUUAUUUGAAAACCUUGCAAAGCUGCUUUAUUUUAGGGUGCAGCAGUGCAGCACCUUAGGAAUGUGACUUGCCGUGGCAGAAACUGCAACACACUGUAACACAUGAAAAGAAACAGGAAGAAUAAUUGGAUUUGCAGACAUGGAAAUUGAAAUUCCUACACACACACACAUUUCAGAAGUUGCAUAUAUGUUAAAUUAAUUGCAUACACAAUGUGAUUGUAUAUAGGUUGUACAUAAGCAGAUAAGGAAGAAGAAGUAGAUUAAACAGGAAGUUGUUACUUCUGCUUGAGAGGAGACGCACAUCGAAGAAAGCGCAGAGAAAUGUCAAAUUUGGCUCAGAAUUUAUUUCCUGUCAGUCUGACAGUAGAGCAAGGUCAUCUGCCUCCGCCUUAAAGUGAGACUCCAACCAAGACGUCUUUUCAUUAUCAAACACUCGCCUGCUGCGGCCUUCAAGUGUAUGGAGCUAAAUCUGGGCCAUACGUUUUGAUCAUUCGGAGAAAAAAAAUAUGUCAAAUACUUAUUUCUAUUAUGAAAACAUCAUUGUGUUUUUCAAAGUUCAGGAUCAAAACUCGAACUUUGAAAUACACACAAUUUGUUCGGAUGAUCAAAACGUUUGGCCCAGAUUGAGCUGUGGCUUCAAAAAUGGUUUUAGCUGCAAAAGAAAUGCAUAAAAACGUCGAUAUUGUCAUUUCUUCAAAGCCCCGUUGAGCCGACAGGCAGCGAGUGUCUGAUUCUCAAAAGACGUCGUAUCACUUUAAGAAAAGUCCGAGCUAGAAUGAACUGAACACAGUGAUAAAGUGAGGAAGGGUAUUUCUUUGAAGUGAUGUGACGCUCUCAAGCUCAAUGGCCUUGAUGUAAAGAAUUAUUUUAAUAUGUUUCAUCAUGUCCCGAUGAUGGAGGAAAUCUUUGUCCAAUAUGCUUUUUAUUUUAUUUGUAAUUACACGAGACAUUCCUGUUUCGGUGUUCUGUUUUUUUUUUUUCUUAUUUAAUGGUUAUGUAAAGUUAUUAUUAAUGCUUUUUUCCGGCGCAAGGGGAAGGGAGCAGUCUUUUAUUGUUGUUUUAUUUUCCAUAAAAGCAGCCUCGGGUCAGAAGGAAAGUCAAACGGGAAGCAUUGUAUUGAAACUAGCAGAAAACAAUUGAUAUUUUAGACUCACUCGUUAUUUUUGUUUAAAUGCAGGCAUGUAUGCUAUUAGCCCAGGACUCUGUCUUCCAGAGGCCUGUACCAUGAAGCCGGAUUUUCGCUUAGCCGGCUAACUUCAGGGAAAACUCGGGGUUUCCGGCCCUAAGACGCUGGUUCUCUUUUUAGCAGGCUAGAUCUCCAUGGUAACUUAUGCUGAGCGGCUAACCUCCACGGGAGGAGGUUAGGUUGCAGGCUAAGAGCUCAAGUCAGUGAAAGCACCGCCUGCUGACCAAUCAGAGCUCCGUGUGCGGAGUUUAAAGCGAUCAAGUCAUAUUACAGGAUAGAGGAAAUACAGA